UCUCUCUCUCUCUCUCUCGUUUUUUGGUCUGAAAGUGGCCAUUGGCCUAGUCAAAUUUUCUUGGAGAAGUAAUUUUUGGUCAGAUUUUCAAUGUGCUACUGAGGAAAACUGGUCGUUGUUCGUUGCUUUUACCAGUUGCCUUUCAAUCAGAGUUUCAAAUUCUCGACGUCGUUGUUUUGAAAAUUGACCCACCCUUUUUGACCCAAUAAAAGUUCUUGAUUUGUCAACCCGGGUCAAUUGCUCGGGUGUUCCUCUCCACCAAAGGAAGAUCCUCCAAACAUUAUUUUCUCCGUCAACAUAUUCAAUUUUUUUGGAAGCUAAUUCUAUUACGUUCACACAUAUUGUAUUUAUAAAUAUAUGUAUUGAUCUCGGCACUUUGGAAUCGUCGAUGCUUUGUGGAAUUGAGAAGAUUUUCGAUUAUGUCUGGGGCAGGACAGGCCGUGGAGCAUGUGAAUUCUCCGGCGACAGCAGCCAAGGAUCACCGGCCGAACCAGCCCGGUUGUUGUAACCAGGUGAAGAAGCCGGGACCGGUAUCGAUUGACCACGUAUUGGCGGCAUUGAGAGAAACAAAGGAAGAAAGAGAUUCAAGGAUUCGGAGUUUAUUCAAUUUUUUUGACAUGGCCAAUGUGGGUUAUUUGGAUUAUGGGCAAAUCGAGGUGGGUUUGUCUGCGCUUCAAAUUCCGGCGGAGUAUAAGUAUGCUAAGGAUUUGUUGAGUGUCUGUGAUGCCGAUAAGGAUGGCAGGGUAGAUUAUCAGGAGUUUCGGAGGUAUAUGGAUGAUAAGGAGCUUGAGCUUUAUAGGAUUUUUCAGGCCAUUGAUGUGGAGCAUAAUGGGUGCAUUUUGCCUGAGGAGCUUUGGGACGCACUUGUUAAGGCUGGGAUUGAAAUUGAUGAUGAUGAACUUGCUCUUUUUGUGGAGCGUGUUGAUAAAGAUAAUAAUGGAAUUAUAACUUUUGAAGAAUGGAGAGACUUUCUUCUACUCUAUCCCCACGAGGCAACCAUUGAAAACAUCUACCAGUUUUGGGAAAGGAUAUAUCUAGUAGAUAUUGGGGAACAGGCUGUUUUCCCUGAAGGCAUCAGUAAGCAUGUUCAUGCUACCAAAUAUUUGAUUGCUGGGGCGGUAGCAGGAGCCACUUCUCGCACUGCAACUGCUCCUCUUGACCGUCUUAAGGUGGUUUUACAGGUUGAGACCACACAUGCUGCUAUUAUUCCUGCAGUUAAGAAGAUAUGGAAGGAAGGUGGUUUAUUAGGGUUUUUCCGAGGUAAUGGGUUAAACGUUUUGAAGGUUGCCCCUGAAAGUGCCAUCAAAUUUUAUACUUAUGAAAGGUUGAAGGAUGCCAUUGCAGAUGCUAAAGGAGAAGACAGGGGUAAUAUUGGAACCACUGGGCGACUUAUUGCUGGUGGUAUGGCUGGUGCAGUGGCACAAACUGCCAUUUAUCCCAUGGAUCUUUUGAAAACCCGGUUACAGACUUAUGCUUGUGAAGGUGGGAAGGUUCCAAGCUUGGCAAAACUAUCAAAAGAUAUAUGGGUUCAGGAGGGACCUCGGGCCUUUUAUAGAGGUCUUGUUCCAUCUCUUCUUGGAAUUAUUCCCUAUGCUGGCAUCGACUUAGCAGCGUACGAGACCCUAAAAGACAUGUCAAAGAGUUGUAUUCUCCAUGAUGGUGAACCUGGUCCUUUGGUGCAAUUGGGAUGUGGGACAAUAUCGGGAGCUCUUGGAGCAACAUGUGUUUAUCCGUUGCAGGUUGUCAGAACAAGAAUGCAAGCUCAACCUUCUAAUGCAGCUGCUGCUUACCAAGGAAUGUCUGACUUGAUUCAAAGAACUCUUCAGCAUGAAGGGUUUAUAGGUUUUUACAAAGGGCUUCUCCCAAAUCUUUUCAAAGUCGUACCAGCAGCAAGCAUUACAUAUCUGGCCUAUGAAAGCAUGAAAAAGAGUCUAGAUCUUGGUUAGGAGAGCUGUGGUCGUGCUGGGUGUCAACUUUGCAUUUAAAAGUCAUAAAUUGGUAAUGGAGCUGCUGAUGAUGAUCGGAAGUGCCAGGUUAUGCACUUUGGAUGUAGGUUCUACUAUUUUUGGAAUCCGAAACCGGUCAUUCCACAAUGGGGAUAGUAAUGUUUGUCAUUCACCUCUCUCAAAUCCCGCUGUAGGUCGGGCAAUAAACGGGAGAUUUGUGCGUUGGGUUAAUUGCCUUUGGUAUUGCCACAGGGUUUUGUGGUGAAAUUGUUUCUUAUCUGGCUUGCUUGCCUAAUUACACUGAAAAAUGAGGAUAGUGUCUAGUCAUGAUAUCUGUUUGUUUAGCUUUAGGUAUGAUCUUGUAUACUUUUUGUUAGACCAAAACAGUUUUUUAUGUGUAAAAAUUAAUUUUUUUUGUCGACUUUGAGC